GAGGGGCGGGCGGGACGGGACUGCGUACGGACUUGUGCCUGUAUAUACAAAAAGGGGGAGGGGGUGUUGCCUAGAAAGACGGGGACUCGGAGGGUGUGCGUGGAAGGAGAUGGAGCGCGGGGAGCAAGGAAGGAGGAGGAAAUACUAGUGGUAAGAUGGUAGGUAGUACCAUAUAUGUACCGCGUACACACACGCAUAUUCUCUGUGUUUCUCUAGCGUGGCGAAAGCGUCGUCACGUCGGUUGGGCAUUGUACAUGCGGGACCAGGGAGGGCGACAGGCAGGGGGGAAAAAGGAGGAGGGGCGGACGAGAAAAAGGGCAGCCUUUGAUCGAUGGAAUGAAUUGUUUUUUGGGUUAAGUACAAGAUACAUACAGCAAUGCCCGAAAAUUCAAGAGGACGUCCUAAGCUUCGUCCGGGAUUUCUCCUCCCUCCCCCCCUUAACCGGUACAGUGCCAGAGUCCGAUCCCUCAUACCGUCGUCCGCCAGGGGGGGGGGGGGGGGGGGGGGGAGGCGCACGAAGAGAAGAGGGUGCUGGAGGGCGAGGAGGAGUAGGAGGAGUGCGUGAGCGUGUGGGAUGGGGAGGGGGAGAUAAAAAAAAAGCUUUUUUAUGUACACAUGGCAAUAUGGUCGUGCCGAAAAGAAAGAGAAAAGAGAGAGAGAAAGAGAAAGAGAUAGGUAGAGAGAGAGCCAUCAUAAGCAUAAAUAGCACCGAUGACGCCGAGAUUAGCCCCGGCGUUGCGCGUGGUUUCGUGGGCGUCCCCCGUCCCGACAAAAAAACGCCCGUAUGCACUGUGUGAUGUUGCUGUGCCUCAUACAACCCGCUCUCUCCGCAUUGCACCGGUCCACCCCACGUCUAGAGAUUGUGCGCAAAACAAACCAAUAUACCAUUGAAUGAGGGGUAUAAGCUACGGGGUGGUAAAAUAUUA